GCUAAAGCAUUUGAACUACCUUGAUAACUUUGAUAGCGUGGCUCUUCGUUUACUGUUUAAGCAGUUUUUGGGUAUGAGUUCCACACAGAUAAACCCCGAAGAGGACAUGGCAAAAGAAAAACUGAAGAAAGAAGAAACUCUCGAAAUGAGGAGGAGAUUGAUCGGGCAGUCAUGUAGACUUUUUUAUUCAAAUGACCCUGUGAAAAUAGUACGAGCAAGGGGACAAUACCUAUUCGAUGAAAAUGGCAUGCGCUAUCUGGACUGCAUCAGUAACGUCCAUCAUGUGGGUCAUUGUCACCCCAGUAUUACAAAGGCUGCAGCAGCACAAAUGGACCAGCUGAACACCAACACACGAUUCCUGCACGACAACAUAGUCCUGUAUGCAGAUCGCCUAGCUGCCACCCUGCCUGAGAAACUGUGUGUCUUCUACUUUGUUAACUCUGGCUCAGAGGCCAAUGAUCUUGCACUACGCUUGGCCCAGCAGUACACCCAACAUGAGGACGUCAUCGUGCUUGACCAUGCAUACCAUGGGCAUCUAAUGUCCCUCAUCGACAUUAGUCCUUACAAGUUCCGGAAACUGGCAGGACAGAAAGAAUGGGUUCAUGUGGCACCUUUACCAGACACUUACAGAGGCAUGUACACAGAGAACCACCCAAACCCAGGCCAAGCAUAUGCCGAUACAGUCAAAGACCUAAUAGAAGAUGUGCACAAGAAAGGUCGUAAGAUCUCUGCCUUUUUUGCUGAAUCACUGCCAAGUGUCGGAGGGCAGAUUCUCUUGCCCCAAGGGUACUCCUCUAAAGUUGCAGAAUAUGUGCACUCAGCUGGUGGGGUGUUCGUGGCAGACGAGGUACAAACUGGCUUUGGACGUGUGGGAAGUCAUUUCUGGGCUUUUCAGCUGCAGGGUGAUGAUUUCUGUCCCGACAUAGUGACUAUGGGCAAACCAAUGGGCAAUGGACAUCCUCUGGCAUGUGUAGCAACCACAGCAGAGAUAGCUGGAGCUUUCACAGCCAACGGAGUGGAGUACUUUAAUACAUUUGGAGGGAAUCCAGUGUCCUGUGCAAUUGGCCUGGCAGUCCUUGAUGUGAUGGAGCAAGAGGACUUAAGAGGAAAUGCCAUAAGGGUGGGAGCACAUUUGAAAGAUUUGCUCACAGAGCUGAAAACAAGACAUCACAUAAUUGGAGAUGUUCGAGGUGUAGGACUGUUUGUGGGUUUUGAGCUGGUGAAAGACAGAGAGCAGAAGACUCCUGCCACAGAAACAGCAGCCUGGCUGGUGAAGAGGUUGAAAAUAGAGGACCAAAUCUGUGUCAGUACCGAUGGCCCCUGGGAAAAUGUUGUGAAGUUUAAACCUCCUAUGUGCUUCAGCAUGGAGGACGCAGAGCUGGUAGUACGCUGUAUUGACCGCAUCCUCAAAGACAUGGACGCCAAGGACCUUUAAACUGGAAAAGGAAGACAUCUAAGGUGUUCAGUGCCAAUUCCUAGUCAUUUUGGAACAAUGAGACAAGCAGUCACCUUUCUAAUGAUACCCAUCCAAUUGGAAGUGCACAUUUACCAUUACCACUGUGGGGUAUGACCAAUCUACAAGAUGCUCAUGUGACACAAAUCAACUUAAGUCAUUGUUACCAAGUUACUAAUAAACAGUGAAUACUUUUU